AUGGCGGGAGCCAAGUUCCGCCUCGUCCGCAGCUUUCCGUACAUGCUCCUAAGCCUCCUAGUCAUAUGUAACUGCCUUCCGCAUGCCACCUCGCUUAGCUUCAAUUACAACUUCUCCACGCCCGGCGUCAUCGCCGGCGCUGACCUCAAGUACUUGAACGACUCCAUCCCCAGCCUCGACCGGAUCGACCUCACGAACCUCUCCAGCAGCUGGAGCUCCGGCCGCGUCGCCCACGGGCAGGCCUUGCACCUCUGGGACGACAGGACCGGCAAGGUCGCCAGCUUCACCACCAACUUCACCUUCGCGGUCAAGUCCCUCAAUGUGUCCAGAAGCCAGGGUGAUGGCAUGGCGUUCUUCCUGGGACUUUACCCGGCGAGCAUGCCGGCGGACGCGACCGGCGGCUUCCUUGCGCUGUUCAACAACCGCGGCAACCCGGCCAACACCUACUUCCCGCCGACCGUCGGCGUGGAGUUCGACACGUUCAGGAAUGUCGAAUGGGACCCCGACGACACCGUCAACCACAUGGGCGUCAAUGUCAACAACAUCAGGUCCAAGGCGUACGCGCAGCUGCCUGACGGGAUCUUCAAUGGCGCCCUGUCGGCGUCGGUCAGGUACGACGCCGGCACGUCCACGCUCUCGGCCAUGCUGCGCUCAGACAGCAUGCCGGAGCUCAGUGCUUACACCGUCAGCGCGAACGUCGACCUAAAGGCCGCCGGUCUGGCCCAGGAUGCGGCGGUCGGGUUCUCUGCCGCCAUAGGGGAUUUCGUGGAGGAGCACCAGAUUCUUUCUUGGUCGUUCGAGUCCACUCUGAUCGGUAAGUGGCUUCGCCUAUAUGUGACAGAUCAAAAGAGAAAAAACAUAGGUCUAAUAGCCGGGCUGGUAUCCGCUGGUAUCUGCAUAUUCGUGGCCGUGGCCGCAUGUCUCGUUCUAAAAAGAAAGGGCAUGCACACCAAGCAGGCACCUGAUGCAGAGAUCCCUCUCGACCACGACAUGGACAACCAGUUCGAGAAGGGGGCAGGACCUCGGCGAUUCAGUUACAGCGAGCUUUCCCGGGCGACAAGAGGGUUCUCCGACGAGGAGAAGCUCGGCGAGGGAGGCUUCGGGGCAGUCUACCGAGGUUUCUUACACGAGCAGGGGCUACAUGUGGCCAUAAAGCGGGUCUCCAAGACGUCGAGCCAGGGGAGGAGGGAGUACAUCGCGGAGGUGACCAUCAUCGGCCGGCUGCGGCAUCGCAACCUUGUCCAGCUCGUCGGAUGGUGCCACAACGCCGACGAGCUCCUGCUCGUGUACGAGCUCAUGGAGAAAGGCAGCCUCGACGCCCAUCUCUACAAUUCCAAAAAAAUGCUAACGUGGUCAGCCAGGUACAAGAUCAUUCUUGGGAUGGGGUCAGCGGUGCUCUACCUGCACCAGGAAUGUGAGCAGUGCGUGGUGCACAGGGACAUCAAGCCGAGCAACGUGAUGCUCGACUCGUCAUUCAACGCCAAGCUGGGAGACUUCGGGCUGGCGCGCCUCGUCGACCACAGCUGCGGCGGGUACACGACGAUGCUGGCCGGCACCAAGGGAUACAUGGACCCGGAGUGCGCGGUGACCAGCCGGGCCAGCGCUGAGACCGACGUGUACAGCUUCGGCGUCGUCCUCCUCGAGGUGGCGUGCGGUCGGAGGCCCGUCGUUCCGGAAUUGGAGGACGAGAGCAGGGUUGUGCUGGUCGAUUGGGUCCGGGACCUGUACGGGAGGGGCACCCUCCUCGACGCUGCGGACUCGCGGCUUGAUGGUAACUUCGACGCACAAGAGAUGGAGCGCGCACUUGUCGUGGGACUCUGGUGCGUGCACCCGGACUACGGCUUCCGGCCGUCCAUCCGGCAAGCCAUGAGCGUGCUCCAGCUCGAGGCACCGCUUCCGGUCCUCCCGCCGGAGAUGCCGAUGGCGAUGUACGCGCCUCCGCGCCGAGGGUAUAGAUCUAGCUAUACAUCGUCGACAGGGAGCUCCGGCACCGGCGGACGCUCGUCGACGAGUGACCGGUCGGCGGAGAGCCAUGUUCCCUCAGCCAACACCAACCCGCAGGUCCACGAGCACGUUCCUCCCCUGCGGGCCGAGGCAGGCCAAGAGUUUGUGGAGAAGCUCAUGGCCCAAGGCCAGAAGAACAAAGCUCCGGCGUCUGACGCCAGUUCGAGCCAGGCCCCUCCUUCCAAGCACUUCCGGACGGAACCCUUUGCGGGGAAGGUCGCAGGCGUGAGGCGCUACAAGAGCAAACAGAUGUCGACCUCUUCUGGGACCACGCCAACGCCACCACCGGAAACUCCUCGCGCCGAGCCAGCCGGGGCCACGCCCACGCCGCCACCGCCCAAAACCUUGAAGAUCGUCAAGGGGAAGGCGACGGCUUGCGGUACCUCUUCUGGCGGCCAGCAGCCCUUGGUGCUGCACGCCGCCCGCGCUGCUAUCGCUGCCGGCGAAAAGGCCCCCGGCCUGCUUGGCCGGAUUAUAGAGUUCCAGGGCGAAGGCCGGGAGCUGGGGCACUUGCUUCCCUACGCUGAGAAGUGGAAUGCCGCGGACGUGUCCGAGUCGACCCGCGGCCUGGGCAAGGACCGGCUACCGGCGCCUGACCCUGCUAGCCCUCGGUGCUCAGAGGAGCAUUUCAUGCGGCUGCGCCGGGCCGUCAAGGAGCUGGACAGCGCGUGGUUCGAUGCCACGAACAAUAUGAUGCUAUCCCGGAAGCUUCUAUUGAGGCCCUCCGGACUCAGCUUGCCGCCGCCCAAGAGGAGAAGGACCAGCUCAUCCGGCAGCAUCAGGAGGACCUGA